AUGGAAAAACCCUUUCUAGGAUGCUGGUUGAGCCAAUCCAUCAGGGAAUUUAUGUACAGAUAUGUACAGAUAAUUGAAUUAGAGAAUCGCCUAACCGGAACAUCUUUGUCAUUCGCUGAUGUCGAAAUACUUUGGGUUCGAGGGAGUGGAAUGCGUUCAAUAAAAACAAAUGCAUACCUUGCCCUCAUCCGAAUCCGAAUGGCGCUGAGGAAAAACGACUCUCAUAUCAUUAUACAAGUAAAAACGGCGUUGACCUUCGCAAUCGAUGCCGUUAUUGGAAGGCAGAGAGGCCGAGCCCGAUUUGCACUUAAGGCCCGUUCUCGAGCACCUUUUGCUGUGGGGGCAAACAAAACGGAGCAACAUACAGAUUUACCAUCUUUUAAAUUGAACGUGAUUUCGUUUAUACCAUUAAUAUGUUUGCAGUUGUCAUCUAAUAAGCUUUUUGCAUUGGCCCCACAUGCAUCGGAACAUAAAGUCUCGUGUGGUGUUGAAAGUGUGGACUCAUUUCUUGCACAAGAAUUUUUAUGCUCGCCUCUAUCAAUGGCUAGAGUGGCCCUUUGGCGAAGAAAG